CAAUCAAAACUGAUAAUAAUUUAAUGAUAGCUGAUAAUUUUGAAAAUAAUCUAAUCUAUAAUCUGGAAAAAAAUGAUCGAUUAAAAAUUCGAUUAAAUCAUCAACAUCAUUAUUACAAGACGGAUGCAUUUCGUAUGGUGUAUCGAAAUUUCAAAGAAACCGAAUUGAUUUCUAAUUUACGUGCACAGAAUAUCGAACGACAACGUGAAAUUGUUAUGUUGGAAACAGAAUUGGCCACAUAUCAUCUAAUGGUACGUUAUCUAAAUAAUCAACUAUCUGGCCGUAUACAACAGAUACAAUUAUUAACACGUGAUCGAAAAGAUUCAAAUUUUGAUCAAGUUUGGAAUGAUUUAGAAUCAGAAAUUUCAUUGAAUAAAUUCAAAACCAUAUCGAAUGCUCUCAAUACUACUAUUCCAAAUGUUGAACAUGGAAUUCUAAUGAAUCUAUUUCAGGUUCAUAACAAUCAAGAUGAACAAAAAAAAUCCGAAAUCAAAGUUGAUGAUAAUGAUCAAACAAAUGAAAUGGAAAAACAAACCAUAGUUCCAGUUGAAACAAUUGGAAAUGAUGAUAAAACGAUAUCGAUUGAAUGUAAAAAUUUUCGUAAAUCCUGGUAUAAUAUCGGUCAAUUUCGAUUCAUCAUUAUUGAUUUGAAUAAUGAAGCAUUAGGUAUCAGUAUAACCGGUGGUAAAGAAUAUGGUCUACCUAUUUUGAUAUCGAAAAUUCAUCCAAACACACCGGCACACCGAUCAUCAUCAUUUAUUACUGGUGAUAUAAUUUUGAGUGUUAAUUUUAUCGAUUUUACCGAUCUGACUCAUGAUGAAGCAGCCGAUUUACUUAAAAAUCUGUCUGGCCAUUGUAGAUUCGGUGUUAUUUAUCUAAAAAUUGAUGAAAAAGAUGAAAUGAUUAUGAAAAAAUUUUCAAACAAUUCAAUUGGUGAAGAUCAAAAACAAAUAUUUAUUGAUUAUUAUCGUUCAAUAUUUAAUGCAACAGUCAUAUCACCAUUUCAAUUAAGUUCUUCAUCAUCGGAUGAUGAUGAUGAUGAAAAUAAUGAUGAAGAUUAUCCACAAAUAUCAUCCAUAUCCAUAAAAACCGAUGAUGAUGAUGAUGAUUGUGAUUCGAACAAACCAUUACACCAAAAUAUUGAAAUUCAACCAAAUCGAUCGACAAAAAAUGCUAUACCAGGAAUGGCAAAAUUAAUACAAAUUAUAAAUGAUGAUUGAAAAGUUAUUUAUUUUUAUUUUUUUUAAUUAAAAAUUUUGUAAGCUGAUUAUGGCACCUCAUCAUCAUCUUAAUUCACCAUAAACCGGAUUCAAA